UUCCAGGAGAGUCCCGCCUCUACGUAGACAAGUAACCAAUGGAAGCCCUGGAUCUCCGACCCAGGGCUAAUGGCAACUGAGGUGGGCGGGCCAUCGCGCGGCCGAGCCUUAGUCCCGGAGCUGACCGCCAGAUGCCUCCCAGGGAGUGCGGACCCCGACGCAGGCCGACCAUGUGGAUCCUGGUGAGCUGGCUGGCCUUAGCGACAGGGUUGGUGGCUGGAACAUGGUGUCCAGAUGGUCAGUUCUGCCCUGUUGCCUGCUGCCCGGACCUGCAAGGAGCCAAUUACAGCUGCUGCAACCCUCUUCUGGACACGUUGCCUACGCUAAUGAGCCAUAGUCUAGGUAAUGCCUGCCAGAUCCAUGGUCACUGUCCUUCUGGCUACUCAUGUCUUGUCACCGUGUCUGGGACUUCCAGUUGCUGCCCCUUCCCUAAGGGUGUGUCUUGUGGUGAUGGCCACCACUGCUGCCCCCAAGGUUUCCAAUGUAGUGCAGAUGGAAAAUCCUGCUUCCAAAGAUCAGAUAACCUUGUGGGUGCUAUCCAGUGCCCGGGUAGCGAGUUCGAAUGCCCGGACUCCUCAACUUGCUGCAUUAUGGUAGAUGGUUCCUGGGGAUGCUGCCCUAUUCCCCAGGCCUCUUGCUGUGAAGACAGAGUGCAUUGCUGUCCCCAUGGGGCUUCCUGUGACCUGGUCCACACACGGUGCAUUACAUCCACGGGCACUCACGCCCUAUUAAUGAAGUUCCCUGCGCAGAGGGCCAACAGGCCAGCAGCUUUGCCUCUUUCCGUGGUGUGCCCUGACGCACAGACCCAGUGCCCUGACGAUUCUACCUGCUGUGAGCUGCCCACAGGGAAGUAUGGCUGCUGUCCAAUGCCCAAUGCCAUCUGCUGUUCCGACCACCUGCACUGCUGCCCCCAGGACACUGUAUGUGACCUGAUCCAGAGUAGGUGUCUAUCCAAGGGCUACAGCACAGACCUCCUGACCAAGCUUCCUGGAUACCCAGUGCCUUCUGUGACUUCUGAGUACCUCCCAGUGAAGGAGGUAAAGUGUGACAUGGAGGUGAGCUGCCCAGAUGGAUACACCUGCUGCCGCCUCAACACCGGGAGCUGGGGCUGCUGUCCUUUUGCCAAGGCUGUGUGUUGUGAGGACCAUAUACACUGCUGCCCGGCAGGGUUUCUCUGUCACACAGAGACAGGAACCUGUGAGAUGGGAAUCCUCCGGGUACCCUGGAUGAAGAAAGUCACAGCCCCCCUCAGCCUGCCAGACCCACGAGUCUUGAAGAGUGACGUUCCCUGUGACAAUUUCACUAGCUGUCCUCCUGACAAUACCUGCUGCAGACUGAGUUCUGGGGACUGGGGUUGUUGCCCUGUCCCAGAGGGCGUCUGCUGCUUAGACCACCAGCAUUGCUGCCCUCAGGGCUUCACAUGUACACCUGAGGGGUACUGUCAGAAGGGAGACACAAUGGUGGCUGCCCUGGAGAAGACGCCUGCCCACCAGACCUCCCUGCCCCAAAUAAGAGAUAUCGGUUGUGACCAGCACACCAGCUGCCCAGUAGGGCAGACCUGCUGCCCAAGCCUGAGGGGAGGCUGGGCCUGCUGCCAGUUGCCCCAUGCUGUGUGCUGUGAAGAUCGGCAGCACUGCUGCCCAACUGGGUACACCUGCAAUGUAAAGGCGAGGACCUGCGAGAAGGAUGUGAACUCCCUGCUGGUGUCUAUCCGCCUGACCUUUGGUCCUAAGGCUGGAGGUGUGGAAUGCGGGGAAGGGCAUUUCUGUCAUGAUAACCAGACCUGUUGUAGAGCUAGCCAAGGAAGCUGGGCCUGCUGUCCCUACCUAAAGGGCAUCUGCUGCAGAGAUGGGCGUCACUGUUGCCCAACUGGCUUCCACUGUUCAGCCAAGGGAACCAAGUGUUUGCGAAAGAAGAUUCCUCGCUGGGAUGUGUUUUUGAGGGACCCAGCCGCAAGACCGCUGCUGUAAGGAAGGGCUACAGACUAAACUCCACAGCCCUGGGGACCCUGUUCAGAGGGUAUCUACCACUCAGGCCUCCCUAGCACCUCUAGUGAUCUCCCUGACCUACUCACCUGUCACCAGAGGAGGUGGGACAUCAGACUAAGACCUUCUUUUAUGCAAAGAAGGCUGUGCCGAAAGCCCCAUUCCAAACUGCCAUUUCUUCCUUCUGAUUUCUGUGGACCUUGUGGCCAGGUGCUCUUCCCGACCCACAGGUAUUGUGUGAGCUUGCUUGUGUGUGUGUGUGUGUCUGU